AUGAUAAUGAUCAUUAAUGGUGAUGAUCAUAAUAAUGAUAAGCAUCAUCAUCAUUAUGAUCACCAUCAUUAUAAUCAUCAUCAUUAUCAUCACCAUUAUGACCAUAAUCAUCAUGUUCAUCAUCAUCAUGAGCAUUAUUUUGAUUAUUAUCAUCAGCAUCAUGAUCAUAAUCAUGAUGAUCAUCAUUAUGAUCAUGAUGCUGAUAAUAAUAAACAAAUUCACGAUCAUGAUGAAGAUCAUAAUGAUGAUGAUUAUAAUGGUGAUGUUAAUGAUGAUGAUAAUGAUCAUGACGAUGACAAUGAUAAUGAUCAUGCUGAUGAUCAUAAUUAUUUUAACGAUGUUGGUUAUAAUGAUGAUCAUCAUUAUUAUGAUCAUCCUCAUUAUGAUCAUGAUGAUAAUCAUCAUAAUUAUGAUUAUCAUUAUUUUAAUCCUCAUUAUGAUCAUGAUGAUAAUCAUCAUAAUUAUGAUUAUCAUUAUUUUAAUCCUCAUCAUGAUCAUCACCAUCAUAAACAUCAUCAUUAUGAUUAG